AUGAAUGGAACAAGCUCACCACAGUUCGACCCGAGGAACAUGAAAUACAGGUUCCUUGGUCGGACCGGAUUGAAGGUAUCUGUUCUCUCUUUUGGCUCCUGGGUGACUGUCGGUGGGCAGAUCGGGCAAGAUUUGAGCAAGAAGUGCAUGCUGGAAGCAUGGAAUAAUGGGGUCAACUAUUUCGACACAGCCGAAGUCUAUGCUUCUGGAGAAUGCGAAAAGGCAUUUGGCCAAGUACUGCGAGACUUGAAGUUCAAGAGAUCAGAUCUUGUGAUUUCAACAAAGCUUUUCUGGGGUGGCCCUGGUCCCAACGAUACUGGCCUUUCAAAGAAGCACCUUUUCGAAGGCAUGAAUGCCUCGUUGGACAGGCUGGGCUUGGAUUAUGUCGACAUUGUGAUGGCUCAUCGUCCAGAUCCCUUAACGCCAAUGGUCGAGAUCGUGAGAGCCUUCACAGAAAUCGUUCAGAAGGGCCAAGCGUUGUACUGGGGCACGUCAGAGUGGAAUUCUCAUGAUAUUGAACGGGCUCACCACAUGGCAGCAGUCCAUAAUCUGAUCCCACCGAGCUGCGAUCAACCCCAGUACAAUGCAUUCUGCCGUGAAAGAGUCGAGGCGGAGUUGCGGCCUGUCCUGCGCAACUAUGGAUACGGUCUCACCAUUUGGUCUCCUUUGGACAAUGGUGUUCUCACUGGGAAGUACAAUGAUGGAAUACCGGCAGGCUCGCGUCUGACUGGCGAAGGAGCCGCAGCAUCCGACAAACAAAACAUGAUCAACUUUGGCAAAGCAUUGUCGACUCCAGAGGGCCAAGCCAAGAUCGAGAAAGUUCGUCGGUUAACCUCACUUUCAAAAAAACUGGGAUGCACAACAGCUCAGCUGGCGCUUGCAUGGUGCUUGUCCAACGAGAACGUGAGCACUGUGAUUACUGGUGCCAGUCGGCCAGAGCAAGUCAUCGAGAAUAUGAAGGCUCUUGAUAUCUACAAGAAGAUGCUGGAGGACCCAUCAAUCGGAAAGGACAUGGAGACAAUUCUGGCGAAUAAGCCCGCAGAUGUCGAGCUUUUUGGUAGAUGGUCGUAA